AUGAGGCUGUGCAACCGGGGUGUGAUGAUGCUGCUGACCACGGCGGGGGCUUUCUGCGCCUUCAGCCUCAUGACCAUCGCCGUGGGCACCGACUACUGGCUGUACUCCCGCGGGAUGUGCCGCUCCAAGAACCUCAACGACAACGAGACCGUCCGCAAGAACGAGGAGGUCCUGACCCACUCUGGUCUGUGGAGGACCUGCUGCACUGAGGGGACAUUUCGGGGAGUUUGCAAAGACAUUGAUCACUUUCCUGAUGAUGCAGACUACGAGCAGGACGCUGCAGAGUAUUUACUACGAGCAGUACGAGCCUCCAGCCUCUUCCCCAUCCUCAGCGUGGGGUUGUUGUUUCUCGGAGGUGUCUGUGUAGCUGCCAGCGAGUUCUACAAGUCGCGCUACAAUGUCAUUCUCAGCGCUGGAAUUCUGUUUGUCUCUGCAGGUCUCAGUAACAUCAUUGGCAUCAUUGUGUACAUAUCAGCCAACUCAGGUGACCCCAGCCAGAGCGACAACAAGAAGAGCUACUCCUACGGAUGGUCCUUCUAUUUUGGAGCUCUUUCCUUCGUGCUGGCUGAGAUGGUGGGCGUCCUUGCAGUGCACGUCUUCAUAGAAAAACACAGACAGCUGCGCACAAAAGGCCGACCUUCACUCAUGAAGCCGCCCAUUUCCCGCAGCUCAUCCUAUUACCGCAACCGUUACUACCACAACCGCAGUCGCCGGUACAGCUACAGGAGCAACCACAGUGCGGGGGACUCCUUUCGAGCAUCUCUGGUUCGUGACCGAGAACCGUCCAUCUCCGCCGAAUCCAAAGUCUCAGCCAUGGCAGGUUUGCCAACGCCUGUGACGGUGGGCUCAGAGUUCAUGCUCUACACCUUAACCUCGCCUCUAAAAGACGGGAAGAUUGAUAUGGCUGUGAAUGACUUAACAACUGUAGCUGCUCACAACAACACAGAGAUGCUGCCUGGAAACUGUGCUUCUAACAGAAGGACCACGCCUGUCUGA